AUGGAAGUAGUUGUGCACCUAGUGGUGUUCAUGAUGGCUUUCAUCAGCUGCAAUGCCCUCCUGGAUCUGUCUGGUGACCACCAGGUCAUGGGCACAUGGAUGGAAUCCACCACUUUACCGUGUACCUACACACCCUCCGAAGGUUUCACACAGCAAACGCUCAUCUGGAGUAUGGAGCGAGAGUAUAGCACCUCUACCAUCUUUCGGAGGGAUGAUUCUGGUGACCACGUCUUGUUGUCUCAGUUCCGAGACCGCGUCAGCGUCCCAAAGCACAGCCCAGGGGACGCCUCACUUCUAAUCGAGAGUCUUGAAAUCCCCGACAGUGGACACUAUACCUGUCAAGUCACCUGGAGGUCUAAAAAUAACAGCCUGAUAACAAAAGAGGUGACCACUACGGUUAAAGUUGUCAAAGUUGCAGCCACCAAGCCCGUCAUCAGGGCCGGAGAGCUGGGGCUGUCGGUCCCGGCAGGAGCCCGGACCAGCCUGACCUGUGUGGCCAGCGGGUCCCCCCCCAUCAGCUACCGCUGGUUCAGGGGCACCCCGGGAGGGAAAGCCCUGCUCCUGAGCAGCCGGGCCGAGCUGGCGUGGGACAGCCUGCGGCCCUCCGACACCGGGAAGUACUUCUGUGAGGCCGAAAACAGGGUUGGGGCAGGGGCUGCGCAGCAGAGCGACGCCGUUGAGCUGACAGUGAGAGAGAGCCCAGUCGCACAGCAGCCCAGCCCUGAGGCCAGCAGGCACAGCAGACCCCCGCUCAGCCCCCGAGGUGAUGCGCCCCAGCGAGUGCCCACAGAUGCGCCCGCAGCAACGCUGGUCUCCCGGAGGGAUGCUAUUUCGGAGGGGCCUCCCCUUGCCACAG